GGCGGGGUGGCGGCGACAGGUCCGUCGCGGCGCCAGCGAUGGACGGGGUGGCGGUCGGGGACAGGGUGCUCCGGGAGAGGAGGCACCCGCCCAACGUCUACUGCGAGCGCGACAUCGGUGACGAUGAGGAAGCUCCCAAUAACCAAGUCAAACCCAAGAGGCCCAAGACAAGUGAUGCUGGCAAGAAGAAGGGGCCUAGAGAAGCCGAAGUAGAGCAAGUGGAUAGCAAGGCCCACUUCCCCAAUGGCAAAAGCCACAGUAAAAUAAAUGGGAAUGGUGAGGUUUUACAGAGCACAAAGAAGUGGAAGUACAGGGGUGCCGGGAAGGUUUCUGGCACAAAACUGCUGAAGAGAGUGGAUGAAAAACAGAAGGUCUCUUCCUCCAAGCAUGGUAAUUAUGAUGAAAAUAACAGGAAAGGGAAGAAGAUGUUGAAAGGGAAAGAUGCCCUAAUGUGCCACCAAUGCCAGAGGAAUGAUAAAGGGAGGGUGGUCAGGUGUAAUUCAUGCAUGAAUAAGCGCUUCUGCGUGCCCUGCAUUGAACGGUGGUACCCUGAUAUGUCAGAAGAUGACUUUAAUGCAAAAUGCCCAUAUUGUCGCAAGAACUGUAAUUGCAAGGGAUGCCUACGAAUGCGAGGAGUUGAAGAGCCUCCAAAGAAAAAAAUUUCUGAAGAAAAUCAAAUCCGUUAUGCUUGUCAUGUUUUGCGCUUGUUGCUUCCCUGGCUGAGAAAACUGCGACAGGAGCAGAUGGAGGAAAAAGAAUUUGAGGCUAAAAUAAAAGGUGUUUCAGUGGAUGAAGUGCAGUUGGAACAAGCUGAAUGUAAUCUAGAUGAGCGUGUUUACUGCAAUAAUUGUAGAACUUCUAUAGUUGAUUUUCAUAGAAGCUGCAAAUGCUGUUUUUAUGAUUUGUGCCUUGCAUGCUGCUGGGAGAUGCGCAAAGGAGAGGUUCCUGGAGGAGAAGAGGUACAGAGCAUUGAGCCUGAGAAGAGAAGCAGGGGUUAUGUUUUUGGAACUACUCCUAAGUCAAAGGAUGGGAAUGAAAGGGUCUCCUCGAGUAGGCACUCCCCAAAUGCUGAGCCUUGCAAUGGCAUAGCUGCUGGAGAGGACCCAAAUAACCCUCUGCUACUGUGGAAAGCAAAGAGUGAUGGCAGCAUAACUUGCCCACCAAAUGAGCUAGGAGGUUGUGGUGGUUCGCUUUUGGACCUUAAAUGCUUGCUUCCAGAGAAAAUGCUUUCUGAGCUAGAAGAAAAGGCUGACAGAAUUGUUAGUAGUGAAAUAUUUGCAAAAGCAGUAGCCAUAAGCAGUGGUCAGUGCCCUUGCUAUGAGCAUUCAGGAAACAUAAGAGCUCAGGAUGUGCGAGAGGCUGCAAAUAGGAAAGGCUUGAGUGAUAACCACCUCUAUUGUCCAGUUGCCACUGGUAUCCAGGAGGAUGACUUGGAGCACUUUCAGGUGCAUUGGGCAAGGGGUGAACCUGUUAUUGUUUCUGACACCCUUCAGUUAACCUCUGGCCUCAGUUGGGAGCCAUUAGUUAUGUGGCGUGCACUGCGAGAAAAAAAGAUCAAUGGCAAAGUAGAAGAUGAGCACUUUGCUGUCAGGGCAAUAGAUUGCCUUGAUUGGAAUGAGGUGGAAAUUAAUAUACACAUGUUUUUUGUGGGAUAUACGCAAGGCAGAACUCACCCCAGGCCACAUUGGCCUGAGAUGCUUAAGCUAAAGGACUGGCCGCCAUCUAGUUCAUUUGAUCAGAGAUUGCCUCGCCAUGGUGCUGAGUUUAUCAGCGCAUUGCCAUUUCCUGAGUACACUGAUCCUCGAUAUGGUCCACUAAAUCUUGCAGUCAAGCUUCCUAAUGGUGCCCUGAAGCCAGAUCUUGGACCCAAAACUUACAUCGCUUAUGGAUUUAACCAAGAGUUAGGCAGGGGUGAUUCUGUGACCAAGCUUCACUGUGACAUGUCUGACGCGGUAAAUAUUUUAACACACACAGCAGAAGUACCUUACGAGACCUAUCCACUUAAGGAGAUAGAGGAAACCAGAAAGAAUAUGAAAGGACAAGAUCUUCAGGAACUUUACGGUGUUUCAGAAUCCAGCAUUAUACCCAACCUAUCACCAACUUCUACUAAUUCCAGGAAUGUAACUAUGGAUGAAACAUCAAAGACCUCAUGUAAUGAUAGUAUCUGUAAAGAUAUUUCUGAUGGUCUGGACACCAAUGCUGUAACACCUAUUGAUAGUGAAGGUGAUGUUUGGGAUAAACUUCCAUCUCAUGAAUCUAAGGCACAAAGGAAGGCAGCCCAGUGUUCCAAUUACAUUGGCAAUGAUAGUUCGGCUAUGUUUCAAAAUGGAGGUCAUUGUAUCUCGGACAAUCAGGAGAGUGGGGAGCAAGAGAGACCUGGUGGUGCCCUGUGGGAUAUUUUCCGAAGAGAGGAUUCUGACAAGUUACAAGAUUAUCUUAAGAAGCAUGCCUUGGAAUUCCGGCACCUCCAUUGCAAUCCUGUGAAGCAGGUUAUUCACCCAAUUCAUGAUCAAACUUUUUACUUAACUGAGGAACAUAAGAGAAAGCUAAAGGAAGAAUAUGGUGUGGAACCCUGGACGUUUGAGCAGAAGCUUGGUGAAGCGGUUUUCAUACCUGCUGGAUGCCCUCACCAAGUCCGAAACUUGAAGUCUUGCAUCAAGGUUGCAAUGGACUUUGUUUCCCCUGAAAAUGUUGACGAGUGUAUUAAACUAACUGGAGAGUUCAGACGACUUCCAUCUCAUCACAGGGCUAAAGAAGAUAAACUGGAGAUUAAGAAGAUUGCUCUUUAUGCUCUGAACCAAGUUAUAAAUUUCUUGGAUCCUCCCUCUGAUGGACCGAUGAAUGGGGCUGGCCAGUCCGCCACUGAAUCUGCUGAUGAGAAGAAGCCUAAAAGUGGGGGUGGUCGCCGAAGGGGUAAGGUGAAGAGGGAAGACAAGUCCAGCAAUGACUCUGCUGGUGAGAAGCCUAACAGGAAGCGCGGUCGCCCACGAGGUGAGACAAAGAGUGAAGACAAGUCCAACGAUGAUGCUGCUGAUGAGAAGCCUCCUAAAAGGCGGAGGGGUCGCCCGAAAGUCUCUGGCAACCGCAGGUAAUUGACCUGUUCGCUUCUAACAGGGAAGGUGGAAAGCAUAGUAGUCGUGGUUGCUAAGGCUGUACUGACCGACGUGUUCGUAGUCAUUUUGGAAGAAGGUUGUAGUGUAGGCCGCUGAGGCAUAGGCCACCACUAGACGCCAUUGCGGCGUCUGGCUUUUGUUCAUAUGUGGUGAUUGCCAGCUGACAUCUUGGAAGAACCAUGUUAGAUGCCCGUAGUACAAGACUCUUCAUGUAGUGGGCUAUGGUGGUAGGCUGUUCAGCACAUGUAUGCUGCUGAUAUUUUGGUAGUAAUUGAUCUGAAUAGAUGUGGUCACUCAAGUUUGACCUGUACUACUGCAACUCUACUACUACAAGAUCCUGGUGUGUAUAUCCAAUCCAUGGAAUGAAGCUU